AUGACCCAACGCAGAUCCCAUUCCCAUUGUCUCUUUCCAACAAAACAGGGUUCUCUUUCUCUCUAUCUCUCUCCACCAACUUCAGGGAGUUCCAUAAAUUUAGGCGAAUUGCCCAAUCUUCCGAACGCAGCUCCCCCCUCGCAGACUUCAAUUCAAUUAUCGGUGUUGCAGUUUUCGAAAGCCUAUCCACCCGAAUUCAGGAUUCUUGAGACCCUCCCCUGA